ACCGAAACAUAACAAAUCUCCACGUAUCCGCGCCGUGUCCUCUGAAAUACCGCUGUUAUUUCAUCUUACCUGGGCUCAUUUGAGCGUACUCGGGGCCAUGUCUGCGGGCUCGGGCGGGCUGCAGCUCGCCUCAGAGCGGUACGGGAGCGGGGGGUUCUGGAACUACCGCCUGGAGGGAACCGAGAUCCGGAGACAGAGAGAGGGCCCCGGGGGACACACGGGGACUGGCCUCCGCAAUCUCUUUAAAAGCGUGUUCCUGCCUCAGGGUUUUCCAGAGAGUGUCAGUACAGACUACCUCCAGUACCAGCUAUGGGACACUGCACAGGCGUUCUGCAGUUCUCUCUCUGGGACGUUGGCGACUCAGGCUUCGCUCAGAGGAGUUGGAGUCGGAAACCAAGAGGCCACAGUUGCAGCUGCUACCGCCACUUGGAUACUUCGAGACGGCACGGGGAUGUUGGGCAGGAUCCUGUUCGCUUGGCGUAAAGGAACAAAACUGGACUCUGAGGCCAAGAAAUGGAGACUCUUUGCCGACGUUCUGAACGACAUUGCCAUGUUUAUGGAAAUCUUGGCUCAGUUUUUCCCCACCUUCUUCCUGUUGAUAAUUUGCACGGCCGGAGUCUUCAAGUCGAUUGUGGGCGUGGCUGGAGGAGCGACCCGAGCCGCCCUCACAGUUCACCAAGCCCGAAGAGACAACAUGGCCGACAUCUCUGCCAAGGACGGGAGCCAGGAGACGCUGGUGAACCUGGCGGGGCUUUUGGUCAGUUUGCUUUUGAUUCCCCUCAUCACAGAUAACGCUCCGCUGACGCUGCUCCUCUUCACACUCUUUACCGUCCUCCAUCUUGUGUCGAACUUCAAAGCCGUGCGCGCCGUCAUCAUGGAAACCUUUAACGAAGCGCGGCUCGAGGUCGUCUGGCAAAACUUCGUGCAAAACCAAGAAAUCCUGACGCCGCGAGAGGCUAACGAGAUGGAGCCCGUGUUCAGCUGGUUUAGUGGCACAGCUCCCAUCAGGCUGGGAGUGAGCCUACAGCAGCUCAUCCACAGUCCAGAGGAGUUUGAGAGAAUGACCAAACUGGGACAGGAAAGACGGUACCUCAUCGGGGUCAGAAAUGGUAGCGUGUGUGUGUGUCUGCUGCUUGGAGCUUCAGUGAGAGAUGAGUUUAAAGCCAUGUGUCACGCUCUGAGUCUAAGGAGGCUGCUCUCGGAGAGACACAAGGACAACAUUCAAGGACACUGGAAUCUGGUGGAUGAAAGUCAGAAACUGGUGGAGAAAUAUUUUGACCCUUUUAUGAAAUCGCUGGCCGAGACUCAGUGGGAAACGAACCGAAACCUGUUAGAUUGGGAUGAGUGGAGGAUCCAGAUCAAAUGCAAAUCUAACUGAAGCGAUGCCUUUGUCUCAUUUUAUUCACUACAUUUAUACAUUUAUAAAUACAAUAAAUAUUUGCUAAUUUUGAAUAC